ACGAGCAGCAUCAACAAACAGCAACGUGCGCAUGCGCCCUACCCAAACAAACUGAAAAGAAAACUCACAAUUGAAAAGAAAACAGAAAACAGAAAAUAGUAGAAGAAGUAACUGAACUAGAAAAAUAAUAUUCUUGUGCUGUUAAUAGUGUUGGUGAACGUGCACACAUAUCAAUUAAUCAAAGUAUUAAAACGGAUUAUAAUAACACAGACAUGGCUGUAUCGGCACUUAACAUGACACCCUACUAUGCUGGAUAUCCCUUUCAAGGACAGGGACGCGUCAACCAGCUUGGCGGCGUCUUCAUCAACGGUCGUCCCUUGCCCAAUCACAUUCGCCGCCAGAUCGUGGAAAUGGCCGCCGCUGGGGUUCGUCCUUGCGUUAUCUCCAGGCAGCUGCGCGUCUCCCAUGGCUGCGUGUCGAAGAUCCUCAAUCGCUUCCAGGAGACGGGCUCCAUUCGGCCGGGCGUUAUUGGCGGAAGCAAGCCCCGCGUUGCCACGCCCGAUAUCGAGGCAAGGAUUGAGGAGCUUAAGCAGUCGCAGCCAGGCAUCUUCAGCUGGGAAAUCCGUGCCAAGCUCAUCGAGGCUGGCGUCUGCGACAAGCAGAACGCGCCCUCAGUCAGCUCGAUCUCGCGCCUGCUACGCACCACCUCGGGCUCCGGCUCUGGCAACGGCACUGGUUCCCACAGCAUCGAUGGAAUCCUGGGCGGCGGCGGUGGCUGCUCCGCUGGCAGCGAAGACGAGAGCGAGGACGACACCGAGCCCAGCGUGCAGCUGAAGCGCAAACAGCGCCGCUCUCGCACCACCUUCUCCAAUGACCAAAUCGAUGCUCUGGAGCGCAUCUUUGCGCGCACCCAGUACCCCGACGUGUACACCCGCGAGGAGUUGGCCCAGAGCACUGGCCUCACCGAGGCCCGCGUCCAGGUGUGGUUCUCCAACCGUCGUGCGCGCCUGCGCAAGCAGCUCAACACUCAGCAAGUGCCCAGCUUCGGCGGCAACUCCACAGCCCCGUCGUAUGGCUCCAGUGCUGCUGCUGCCACCAACAUGGGCAUGGGCCUGUACAGCACACAGUCGUGGCCCGCCAGUGGAGUUGGCUAUGAGGCGAAUGCCGGCUACAGCGGCUCGGUGGCUUCCAUGUCGCCCGCUAGCAGCAGCAGCAGCUCCGCUGCCCACAGCCCGGUCCAGACUCAGUCCCUGCCCCAAGCACAGGUCAGCAGUGGCAAUAGCUUCAUGAACUCCGCUUACAGCAUGAGCACAGCCACCGCUGGCUACUCAGCCACUGCUGGCACCUCCACUUAUUCCAUGCCCACAACAGCCGCCAGCUCGGCAGAGCAGCUGCGCUCCCAAUUCGCCUCCGCCGCUGCGUCUGGCUCUCAUCAUCCUUCGUCGUGGGACAGCUACAACUUUGCCGGCUCCUUCUUCCCCAGCGCGAAUGCGAAUCCCAUGGGCGGCUACCACCAGACGGUCGCCCCCGAGCCCAAGAGCUCCAUGAUGGCGGCUGGAGCAGCCUAUCCCUAUUUCGGAUUUUAAUGGAGUCCCCCUCAUCUCCAGCACUUGCUCCAGUUCGCCAGCUAGAGGCUUCACUGCUCUCCUAGCUGGUUCUUUUCUCUAAUCAGUGCCUGUUUUUUUUAUGCAGAUCCUUGACUAUUUAAAGAGUUUUAGUUAAGAGCUUAAGACUGUUUAUACUAAGUUUAAACGUAAUUUUAAGAUUUUUAA